CAUAGUCGUACCUCACUCCUCGAUCCCUUUACUCAGCUGAUUCCUAUCCCAGGACAUAUUGGUGUAGCCGGUCGGGUCUUUCUUCAGCACAGCCUUGCAGCAUCGUCUCGCCCAAUCAGUACCGCCGAGGUUCUCGUUCUACUGUAUGAGUGACAAGUCCGGUGGCAAGGCGUCGUCGGGAGAAAAGCCGUCUUCCCCUUCCCCAUCAAGCCGGUCCCUGUCCAGAGAGCUACCAGUAUCGCUUGCCCAGACCUGUACGUGUAGUACGAAUACUCCUCGGCUAGCCCUUCGCAUCAACAAGAAACCCAGCAGCAAGCGGCACCACCAGUCCGCCGACGACAACAACAAUAUGUCCAAGCUAUCCGACCCUUUAAAACAGCUCAUCAACGCCACCCACGCUCUCCCGGGCUAUCUCAAAGCACCAUCAUCGAUCCGCUCGACGUACUCCCGCGUAGCCAACAGCGCCCGAGACCAUGGCAUCGGCAUCCCAGCCUGGCUGACCAUGGCCACGGCGACGACCAUGACCAUGAACUCCCCCGGCGCCAUGGUCGAACUAUAUCAUCUCACGCAAUCACUCCCGUCACCACCUCCACCCGCCGUAACGGCCGGCCUGAUGCGCGAAGUCGGUCUGAAAUGCAUCUCGUUCAACGGCAUCCCGCGCACCAUCAACUGCCUGGGUGCCUUUCGCGAGGGCAUGCCCAAGGACGUCUUCGACAGCAUCCCGGCCCAACCGUCGCGCCAACUCGAACCAGACACCCUCCGCGACUCCAUCUCCCGCGGCCGCGCGCUUUGGGACAGCGUCUACAAACCCUUUGAGGGCAAGUUACUCGACAAGCUCGCCCAGAGCCAUCCCAACCUGCCCGUGCACAUCAUCAACGGACACUACUCCAACUUGCUGUCGGACCCACCGAGCGACUCGCCCAUCAAGGUCGGCCGCGUCCUCACCUCGCUCGUCGCCAUUGCCUGCCUGCGCGCCCAGACCGGUGUUGGCCCACAGGUCACGAGCCACAUCUUUGGCCUACGGAAAGCGUACGCCGACGGCUCGGCCGAAAAGGACAUCGAAGGCGGCGAAUGGCUCGCGACUGACGAGGGCAACCAGUGGAUUCUAAACGCCAUCGAUGAGAUCGUCCAGGGCUUGACGGAAGGACGCGGCACCACCUUCGCGCCGGGCAUGGGUGCCAAGCUGCAGGCCAAGCUGUGAGAGGCCCUACCUACCGUAGGCACCUGUAGUCGAGGGGUCGUGGUCAAGAGUCUCAAAGGCCGCGUCGCAUCGCGGGUGGCAAGCUAAGCUAUACCGAAAGGAUAAAAAGAAUCUAACAUAGAUGGGGAGCGUCAACUUAGGACAUUUACACGAAACCAUCCCCGUCAUGACCUGUGCCUUAGAAAAAUGGUAUUCGCACAUAUUCCGCAUUUGAGAGGAAAAGUAUCGCAGAUGCUACAAUCUUGUCCCAUAUGUGCAUUUAUGCUCGCCAUGCUAGCUAGUAUAUAUCAGAGCUCUCGUCUACC